AGUAACCUUUAAUUUCUUGCAAAUACUUGGACUUUCCAUUCAGAAAAUUGAAGGCAGGCACCCAUGGCUUUCAUGAUGAGAGCCAUUGCACCCAAAGCUGUAGAUCAAGAAGCAAAAAUUGUGAAAAUUGAUUUUAAAUUUUGUGUCAGCAGUGCACAAUUCGCUGCAAAGACAAUCCGGGCGAUCCAUGAGUGUCCCGGAAUGAAAACAUUGCACCUGGAAGGAGAAGGUGUCGACGUUGUAGGUGCAAAAGCUAUCGGCAGAGCUCUGGAAAAUCAGUCCAGUUUGGAGAAUGUAAUAUGGAGACGCAUAUUUAACACAAUAUACGACAAAGAAAGAAUAGAAAUCUUAACUUACAUGGGUAAAGGUAUAAUAAGAGCAAAUGCCAAAUUAGUGAAGUUUAAAAUGGUUGACACUGCUUUGGGUCCAAUCGCAGUAGUCGGUCUUCAGGACCUCUUUGAAUCUCCAUGUUGUUUAACUCUGCAAGAACUUUCUCUGAGCAAUAAUUGUCUGGGCUACAUUGGAGCGCAGCUGAUUUCAGGAUACAUAUGGAAUUGUUUUGAAAAGGGUCUUGAAGUUGAAAAACCGAUGAAAUUGGAGAUACUUGAAUAUAGUAAUAAUCAGUUAGGAGAUAAGGGAGUCUCGUUUCUUUCUAAGUUAUUGGAGAAAUUGGAAAGCCUGAUAUCGAUUGAUCUAUCCAAAAAUCGUAUAGGCUUUGAUGGCAUGGUAGACUUAUCAGUUGCCAUCUAUUCAAAUCCUUUACUGGUAAGAUUAGUACUUGAUGACAACAGAUUGUCCGAAUUCGGUGUCAUUCUCCUUUUUCGGUGUCUCCAGUCCCUUCAGAAUUUGCAAACUUUGAGCUUGAGACGAUGUUUUUUGAUCUCGGAAGACGUUCGACUUCUAGCAGCUUCUUUGGAAAAGAAUUGCCCAAAUGUGAGAAGGAUAGAUCUAAGUUUCAAUGAUAUAGAAGAAGGGUUCGAUGCCUUGAUAGAUGUGAUGGAGAAAAAAAUGUUCUUUGAAGACUUGGAUAUAAGUUAUAACCAUGUUUGUCCAAAAGUAGAAGGAGCCUUGAGAAGCAGAAUAUUGAGACUUAAGAAAAUAAAAAGCAUGAAUGAGAAAAAAUGACAUGGAAAUGAUAGAUUCUGAAAGUGACGAUUAACUGUGAAGUCAAUAGCGACGACGGAUGCCUCAGGAACGAAUUUAAUGACAAUGCAAUCGAUGUUAUGCUUAUCAAUCUUUUAUCCCAUUCUUUUAAAAGUAUCUUUCAUUGAAAAUAUGAGGUGGAAUAUUAGGCGUUUGAAAUUCAGUAGAUCCUUAAGGAGAGUUUACACUCAUCCAGUUAAGAUUCCAGUAAGUCACGCAUGCGCAGAAGAAAGAUUGCGCUUGCACUGAAAGAACGAGCAGUAGCAAGUUCUUGUCUCGACAGGAUAAAUACUUGCUACUGUACAGUUUCUGCGCAUGCGUGGUCUUACUGGAUGGAUUAUAGCUGGCUGAGUGUAAACCCACCUUUAGAUGAUGCUUUGAUGCACAUUUCAGCAAAUAUUAAUUGAAGAUGUAAAUUGAAAAAUAUCUAUUGAAGAAAAGCGUGAAACCAAAUACUUUUUACAAUCUCUCUAUUUUUUUUAGAAAAUUAUUUUUUGUUUUAUUUGAAAUUUUGAAUAAAUUUUUUUUA